AUGCAGGGUUUUGAGCGUUUUGGCGCAUAUCUAUUGGUGUUGGCAAGGAUGUGUCUCGCCCUGCUCGCCUCUCGCCUGAUGCAUCAUAUACUGUAUGCAUCGCCCGGGCCUACUAGGGCACUGUCAAGACGUUUGCGUUGUAGCAAGCAUCUUCAACCCUUUUUUUGCUCUCUCUUCGACCUACUGCGGGCAGCUGGGGCCAUGUGUUUCCUCAUUGGCGCGACCGGACCUGGUGUCACUAAAACCGGAGAAGCAUUGAUCGGUUCCACCAGCGACGACCCAUACCUCUUCCGCACCUUCGUCCAUGCGGCUCUCCCCAGUGGUGACUGCUUGGGCCAUGUGGGAACGGAGCUGGUCUACGCAACAGAUCGCUCGGAUCUGGAGCCGCCCUUCCAAGUGGAACCUGGUGAAGUGGGUCGUGGAGUGAACUCUGCAGGUUUGGCAUUCGCCAUCGCUUUGGCCGUGGAGCGCCCCAAAGCUCGUACGGGAGUUCCGGAAGGGCGACAUGAACCCGUGCGCUUCUGCGAUGUGAGCCGCCGGAUGAUGAAUGAGUGCCAUACUGUGGAUGAUGCGCUGAACUUGCUGCAGCACAUCCCUGCCAUCACGCCAGCUUUUUCCGUGAUGCUCGCCGAUGCAGAGGGGCAUUUGGCUCAGGUCGAGGUGGGUGCCUAUGGCACGGCCGUGCAUGAGAGGUAUUCCAAGGAGAACCCUGGCGUGGCGAUUGCAGUGAACUGCUACCAGUCCAAAGAGCUCAAUGGUUUCAACCUUCCUGAAGCCGAGCUUCAUGCGACCCAGAACAAUAAUGGAUGCCGAAGCUCAAGAGGCUGGGACUUGGUUCAAGAGCAGAUGAAGCAGGGCAAACUGUUGGAUGUCAGCACCUUCCGAGACAUCUUGUCAGAUCACGAGCAUCGAGACAGGGAUCCUGCAGAGAAUCCCUUGCUCAAGUGGUGGGGCUACAGUAUUUGCAAUCAUGGAACUCGGAAGCAGGACGCUUAUGAAGCAGAUGCGGCACCUUGGGGAACCGUCAGUGCUGAAGUCCUGGAGCCAGCGAAGAAGCUCUUGCACUACAACUAUGGCUGGGCCUGUGGGGAAGGCGCCGAGUUCCAGGAUCAGCUCUUUCAGAGUCACUCCUGGAGUCACUUCGCGUCCUUCCGCUCUCCCAGCGCGGGGGAGCACACCGGCCGUGGCGGUGGACGCCCCGUGGCCUGUACCACGGUGAAGGGUGAGCUCUUGGCAGAGGCCUCCCAGUUCUUGUGCACCGCCUUCUGA